AUGCCACCACCAAGAAAGCAUUGGGUAAAGUUAAAAGUCCCUAAAGAAUUCUUGGAGAAGAUUCCAAGAUUCACUUUACCACCUCCUAAAACAAGAGUUAGAAAAGUAGCUGCAGAAAAGAAAAAUGGUAGUGAUUCGAACAGUAACUCCAAGACUUCUUCACCUCAACCAGAAAUGAAUUAUAGAAUCAAUUCCGGGUUAAAAGAAACAAGUACAUCAGGAUUGACCAUGAAUAGUAUCUCCGGUACUUAUACUUUAGAUAAGAGUGGUAAACCUGUUAACAAAUUUGUGAAAAGACCGAGACAAUUCAAAACAUUCAGUGGAUUCAAAGUAAAAUAUGUCACAUGGAAAGUGAAGAAAGAGAGAGAAAAGAAAGAGAAGAAAGAAGAUAAAAAGGAAGUCAAGGAGGUGAAAGAAGACGUAAAAAAUCUCGUGAUAAAAGAAGAACCGGAAGUUACUGCAUGA